CAUCUCUUUUCCAAAAUAUCUUCAGAAAAACCCUCUUUUUCUAACAAUAUGGAGAAGAAGAUCAGCAGAGGGCGUCAAAAGGUCGCAAUGGUGAAGAUGAGCAACGACAGCAACCUCCAAGUCACGUUCUCGAAGCGCCGUUCGGGACUCUUCAAAAAGGCCAGCGAACUCUGCACUCUCUGCGGCGCCGAGAUAGCCAUUGUCGUUUUCUCACCUGGAAGGAAAGUUUUCUCCUUCGGCCAUCCUUGCGUCGAGGCCGUCAUCGACAGGUUUCUCACCCGAAACCCGCCGGCACAUCAGAACUCCGGCACGAUGCAGCUCAUCGAAGCACACCGGAACGCCAGCGUCCGGGAACUGAACCUCCAGCUGACUCAGAUCACCAACCAACUGGAGGCGGAGAAGAAGCGGGGCGAAGAACUGAAUCGGAUGAGGAAAGUGAGCCAGGCGCAGUGCUGGUGGGAGUGUCCCAUCGAGGAGAUGGAGCUGGAGCAGCUGGAGCAGUUAAAGGCAUCCAUGGAAGAGCUGAAGAAGAAUGUGAGCAAGCAGGCUGACAGGGUUCUCAUUCAGAAUUCCAACCCUGUUGCUGCUCCCUUUUUCGCGGGGAGUUCUUCUUCGGGUCAAGGGGCGGCGAUGAUUACUUAUCCUUUCGAUGUUAAAAAUGGCGGAUUUGGUGGGAAUAUAAUGCCCAAUUUGAUGCCUCAUCAUCACCAUGCAUACAAUCUUGGUUAUGGCCGUGGUUUCUUCUGAAAAAGAAAAAUGGUUCUUUUUUAUUUUUAUUUUUUAAGCAUGUCUUUUAUAUAUUUUAUUUUAGUCCACACAAUGUCAAUAAAUAUAUAUAUAUAUAUAUAUAUAUAUAACUAUGGCAGGAAAUUGUUAUAAUUUAUUUGAUUUAGUGGUAUAUCCUUUUUUUUUUUUCCUU